AUGUCAGGCGCCGGUCAAUUUAUCCGCGGUCAGCUUUCAACUCCACCACUUCCACAAGUUGACUUGACUGGUCGAACCAUCUUGGUGACAGGAGCCAAUUCUGGAUUGGGUUUUGAUGCUGCCAGAUUGUUGGUGCAGUUGAAUUGCAGCACCAUCGUCCUUGCGUGUCGCACCCUCGCGAAAGGGGACCAGACGAAGGAGACUAUUCUACAGUCAAUCUCCAGCGAAAACCGGGGACGUCCGCAGCCAACAAUUAUCGUCUUCGAACUCGACCUGUGCUCCUUUCCGAGUGUGGUCGCCUUUUCAGAGCGAUGCAAAGAUCUCCCCAGGCUCGAUGCCGCGAUUCUCAAUGCCGGCAUUCAACGUACGGAGUUUACACUGGUGGAAGGAUACGAGAUGACUAUUACCGUGAAUGUUAUUUCGACAUUCCUCCUGGCUUCACUGCUCAUUCCUAUCCUGCGCGACUCGGCGAAAAAGUACAACAUCACCCCGAACCUUGCCAUUGUUGGAUCGGCAGUGCAUUUCGCGGCCAACGACAAGGAGAUAACGACUCCUGCUGAGGGACAGAUUCUCAACACAGUGUCGGAUCCUAAGAAGGCCGAUAUGAAAGGGCGAUAUUACCUUAGCAAACUCAUGGUGAUGCUGCUUGUCAAAUAUCUGGCGGCGCGGUUGACAGAAGCGGCGAAGAAAGACCCAGCCAAUAAACCGUUGGUGGUCGUCAACAAUGUUGCGCCCGGGCUUUGCAAGACCAACUUUUUCCAGAACUACACGCCUGCGCCCACUAAAGUCCUGAUCGGGAUCCUUGGGCGAUCUAGCGAGCACGGCGCGCGAACGCUGGUUCAUGGAGCUACAGCGGGAAGGGAGACCCAUGGACAGUAUUUGAGUGAGUGUCGGGUCAAGAACUAUAGCAACUUUGUCAAGAGUGCCAAGGGAGAUGAAGCAGCGAAAAGGAUCUGGCAAGAACUGACAGCCUUGUAUCAGAAGAUUAAGCCUGGGUGUACGAGGGAGCUUUGA